GCACUCGAGUUUCGGCAAGAUCAUGAAGUUCAUCACGGUCAUCGGCCUUCUGACUACUGCGAUCAGGUGCGUGCUCUCGCUGGCGGAGCCCCAGAGGUGCAGACCGAUGACGCCGCAGCGGGGCCAUCGCAUCGGCGAGUCGCGCCUGCCAGCACCUGCCUGGGGGCCGCAUGCGCAUGAUCAGCAACCACAGGGCCUGCCGGCAGCAGAGUUGGCCCAGCAGAGUACGUCAAAGGUCCCGCCGUUCUGGGCUCCGUAUCUCGAGCAGCGGGGCUACCCUUUCCGCCUGUGGGUCCAGGACGUGAUGCUGUGGUGCGCCGCGACGGAGCUGCAGCCUCCACAGCGUGGCCCAGCUAUUGUCCAGCGUGACCUCUGUCGCGAGGUGCCGGUGGAUAACAUCGCGCUGGGCAGGUUCGAUGGGCUUGGCAACCAGAUCGAGGACGGUGUGCAGAUGCUGAUCGCUGGACUCCGGCGCUUCGGCCCGCUUGAUGUUCAGACGUCGAUCAGCACUAUCGUGGAGCUACUCACCUUCCGCCGUCAGGAGCGGGAGAGCGUCGACGAUGCGGUCACCCGCUUCGAGGCGCUGCGCGCACGAGUGGGUCAACUCGACGAUCAGUUCGUGCUCCCGACGCCCGUGCUCGCUCUGCUGUUCCUGGAAGCGAUGCAUGUGCCCAAGGCGGUGUACCCCCUCGUGCUGCAGAGCAACAACGGCCAGUUGCCAACGACGACGGACCAGCUGAACACGGUGAUCGGCAUGGUGCGGCAGCAGGGGCACUUCGCGGAGCAUACGCACGCAGGACCGCAGAGCCUGGCCGAAGGCUACCGCGGCAAGGGACACCACGGGCAGCAUUGGUUUACGGGCGAUGGCGCCAGCGGCACAGCAACAUGGAGUGGCACGGCCGCAUACAUGCAUGGACAAAGUGCUGCCGGCGUGAGCAGCACGGGAUCGGCCGCGCACGGCAACUCCUCUCAGCACUACGUUGUCCAGGACGAGGAGGGCUACGACUGCUGUGCCACCUGCGCGAGCUACCUGCGCGAGGACGAGCCGGGCGACGAGGACUCGAUGACCGACGACGACGACCUGGACACCUCCGAGUUCACGCCAGAGGAGCUCCAGGAGUACUACCGCGACGCCGAGGGAUGGGACUACGACGCGCUACUGCACGAGUACCUGUUUGCCAAUCGCAGGUUCCGUCACUUCGUCCACCGCGGCAGCCGCCGCGCACGUUUCCCGCGCAGCAACUGGCCCAUGCGCACGAGCAGCGGGAAGGGCGGCAGCUUCGGACGAGGACGUGGCCAUGGCAAAGGAUAUCAUUUCGGCGGAUCAGCGGCGAAUCCCGGAUCCUUGGCGGGCGGCAAAGGCAAGAGGAAGAAGGGUGGCAAACAUUACAUGGCAGGCUCUCCGAGUGCCACCAACCCUCGGGGCAGAGACGGUCGCAUCAUGCGAGGUCACGAGUGCGACUCGGAGACGCACCUCGUGGCCUCCCGCCCCCAGCGCAAGGACAAGGGCAAGGGCAAGCACUUGACGGCUUGGAGCGCGCCUAGCGCCGCGACGGGUCCACAGACACCCGGCUCCCAAGCAGCGGAUCCAGUGCUGGCCGCGUACUCACCUUCCCCAGCGCAGCCAGGAACAGGAUCGACGGCUGGAGUACUACACUACCUCACGGGCGACAUCCAGACGCCCGGCGCGCAGAUCGGCGACCUCGACGAGGACGACGGCCGCGAGGCCUUGGACUGGGAGACUAUCAACGUGAUCGACGACAUCACGGAGCACGACAUGCUGGCAGAGAUACAUGCGAGUGCAGAGGAUCGCACCGACGCGAAGACUAGCCCCGAAUGGUUUCCGUGGUGGCGAGUGGACCAGCUCGAGAGCACCAACGUGGAGACCUAUCUGGUCCGCACCCGCGUGAAGAACAAGAGUGGCGAAGCCUUGCUGGUGGACUCCGGGAGCCCAGGCAACCUCACUGGUGACGACUGGGGCCAUCGGAUGGCCGAGAAGGAGCGACAGGCCGGACUCCCACCACCAGUUCGCACGCCCCUCGGCAAGACGCUCGAAGUUGGCGGCGUGGGCUCAGGAUCUCAGCAAGCGACUCAUUCUCAUCGUUAUCAACUGGCAUUGCAGGGAGGUCAAGCUGCUACCUCUGAAGCACCGGUGCUCCCGAACAGCAGCGUGCCAGCGCUGCUCGGGCGGAAGUCCCUGCGGGACCAGCGCGCCCUGCUGGGCUGCUUCAACAACAGGCUGCACCGCAUCGGCCCCGGUGGCUAUUCGCUGCGGCUGAGCCCUGGAUCGGCGCAGUAUCACCUGGAGGAAACUGGCGACAUCGAGGAGUGCAGGGCCGACAAAGACCAUGGCUUUGGCUACGCCAACUGCGUCCGAUACUACCGCCCCGACAGCAGCGACUUCGCCAACUCCGACGGCGUCCAGCAUGGCGAGCAAGAAGAGUACUGCAGCGACGUCAUCCAGCAGCGGAACCGCCGCGAGCAGUUCUGGUGGGCGGACUCCCUGCGCCGCCAGCGGCCGGAGCUCGCGUGGAUCAGCCUUGCCCAGCCGGGUACGGCAAGGGGCACGCGCAACGACAAGCGAGCCAAGCGCUUCGAGUGCAGGAUCGCUCGAGCUCAACUUGAAGGGCAUCGCCCAUGCGUCGUCGAGGCAGACGAGGGCAGCGCGGCGCGGGAUAUGCCCGACAUUCUCGAGCUGCUAGACGACGGCAGGACAGCUGCAGAUCGGCCAGACUUCAAAGCCAAGGGGGUGUCUGCCUUGGUCAAGCGGAUGGUGGCCGCUGGGUGCAUCGACGGCGGCAUGAGAUCCGACGCAGUGAGCGCGCUGGCCGCGAGCUUUCCCACCGAGCAGAGGACGCGCGACAAGGCGCGCAAGGCAGCAGACCCGGAUCGCAAGGUGAAGAAGAGGCCGCAGGAGGUCGAACAGGUCUGCUACGGCACCGAGCUCAGGGAAGAUCAGUACGUCGACGAGCAGCCGUACGUGAUGAUGUCCGAGUUCUUUGGCAUGACCGGCUCGGAGGCAUAUCUGAGCCAGAAGGACGAGCAGCAUAACUUCUUCCACUCGACGAAUGCUAUGGUAAAGUAUAUGAAUCACUACUACGGCCACCUGCAGCACGACGAUGUCCCGGAGCUGUGCGGUGGAGCAUCGGGAACAACACGGCUACUUGUGCGACGAGGUUACCGAGGCGGCCCCAACUUCGACCUCAUCUGCAACUGCAACUUGAUGACUCGCGAGGGCCAGAAGCAGUUCUGGGCAUACUUGCAUGACAGCAAGCCCCUCGUGCUGCUGAUCAGCACACCAUGCACUAGCCUGAAGGGGUUUUCGGCACUCAACAAGGUCAUCAACUACGGCGGCUGGCUGCGCAGUCGCAGGAUAUCAGUGGCACUGGCCUGCCUGGCCGCUGCAGCAGCGUGUGUGCAGAUGGACGCCGGACGCCACUUCGUGUCGGAGCAGCCACUGGGCAGCGACUUCUACAAGCUCGACGACUGGAGGUACGUUGCCAACAAUUACGCGGUGGUGCGGUGCCAGGUUGACCAGUGCAUGGCGGGCAAAAUAGGACGUCGGACAGGACUACCGAUCAAGAAGUCCUCCGAGUUCUGGGCUUCGAACGAGUGCUUGAUCGGCGGGCUCAGGAAGUUCCGUUGCGACGGCCAGCAUGAGCACGCUCUGCUGGCACAUGGUGGCCGAGGCGCCUGCCCGGAGCAGGACAAGUGGCGCCUGGAGAAUCCCAAAGAUCAUGCAGAGUGGGCCAUAGGUAUUUGCAGGGAGCUGGCCACGAGCAUUUCCCGCUUGAUAGAGCACUUGAGGUCUCAUGGGCAUCACCUUGUCGUGUUCGAGUGCUACCCCGCGACUGCGGUGCAGGCGGACGGCGCUG